ACUGUUUCCAAAACGAUCGAGUCAGUGCAUCAUUAAACUUCGCGCGAACUCAAGCACUUGCAAGUGAACUCAGUUAUCUGUACUGGUCUCGUCGUGUCAGUCAGUGGCGUCUAUAGAUACAUUUGUGUAAUUGGUUGUGAAGAUAAAUCUAUUCUCUAGAAUACUGGCAGCUCGUAACAGAUCUUCGCUGGUGGAUCGAUUUUGCAGUCUCGUAAUGGCCACGAUUCCAGUAUACUCACCUACGAUUCCAUUUCUGGGUCUAGUACCGGGUGGCCUUCGACCUGGUAGUAUGAUUCGCAUUAAGGGCGUCAUCAACAAUCACGGUGAACGCUGCCAGAUCAACAUUCAAACAGGUGCAGCUUUGAAUCCCCGUGAUAACGUCACAUUGCAUCUUAGCAUCCGCCCAAAUGAGUACGCGAUCGUACGUAACACCCUACAAAACCAAGUCUGGGGUACCGAGGAGCGACAUGGCGGCUGUCCGAUCCAUUAUGGGCAGCAGUUUGAUGUACUGGUGCUGAUCGAGGUGAACAUGUAUAAGAUUGCUAUUAAUGGGAAUCAUUUCUGUACCUUCAAUCAUCGGCUGCCAGUGCAUUUGGCAAAGUAUGUGUCCAUCAGUGGCGGUUGUGUGAUUCAUUCGAUUACAUGUGAAAUGGAUACGGCUGGACCGGCACCACCCUACCCAGGAACUGUUCCAGUUGGUCCGAACCCUCCGCCGUACACACCGCCUAUGGCACCGUACCCAGUACAUGGAGGCAAUAUAGGGUUCGUUCCAAUACCGCCGCCUAUGCCUCCACCACCACCAUACACACCGUCGCCUAGCUAUCCCGUCGGCGGUCCCGGUCAUUAUAAAGGUGUCUAUCCGCAGUAUCCGGGACAUCGAGGCUCAGCACCAUUUUCGCAGCAUGGGUCAGAUACGACCCCUUCGGCACCACUGCAGUCCACUGGAUACCCUACACCGAACCACGUUGGUAAACCGCCAUCGCCAAUGAACGUAAAGGAUACUUUAAAAAGCGGCAUUCAACAAACGAAGAAUUUCCUGCAUGAUGCUGUAUAUGGUAAACCAUCGACUACACACCCUAUUAAUCUGCAUCAGUCUACGUUGAACUACCCAUCCGAGCAACCAACCCACUAUCCACUGGGAACCUAUCCACACCAGCAUGCCGCCGGUAAUCAAUAUCCUCCAUACGGAGCACCUCCUUAUCAACCACAAGCAACUGGAUCGUACAAUGGUCAUCAGCAUUCGCACGGAUCUGGUCUGCCGACUGGUGCUGGGUUAGCUAAGGCUGCUGUAGCAGCCGGAACGGCAGCUGCCGUCCUACACAAAUUGCCUAAGAAAAAAUCGAACAAGUUGCUGAAAUAUGCGGCAGGUGCCGGAGUACUAGGUCUGGGCGGUUAUGCGCUCGGUAAAGGACUUCGAAAGCGAUGCGGAAGCAGCAGUAGUAGUAGUAGCAGUGAUUAAGUUAUUCGCUGUGUAAAAAUAAUGAAAUUUAAAAGUAUUCAGUGAAAGUCCUUAAUAUAUUUUAAAAUAAAGAAUUACCAUUCGAAUAGAUAUAUA